GUAGAUUGCAGGCGGCAGUGGAUCGCUUACUUCUAACAGGAUUUCCCAACAACAAAACUAAUAAGGUGGAUAUUCACAAGGGGGUCAAAAAGAUAUUUGAUCCUGAUUACGAAGAUUCUGAGGAGGAAGAUGAUCCGAUGGGCGACGAGGACACUGGCCUUGUCAAUAAGUUUGGCCAACCUGAUGGGUGGGACUCUGACAAGACAGUUGACGACAACUCAAACGACAGGAGCAACAACAUGGAAAUAGACGGCGAACUUGAUUCUGGUGGCGAUCGCACCCACAACGACGACGAUGACGACAAGGGCAAGGUGGUGGAGGAUGACAAGGAUACUGACGAGUCGACCAAGGACUCUACAAGCUUACGGAUACUGCAAACGGCGAAGACACCAACAACAUGGACCUGA